GAGAUUUUGAUGAUCUGUGUGUUACUGUUAAAAUAGAAUUAAGUCAAAGCUGACAAGGCAUAUCUAGGCAGAAGAACAGGAGGAUUUAGACAAUUCAUGUUGUCUAAAUCCCACGUCUCCCAGUCCUUGAGCAAGGAGGUUGGUUUAAAUAUCUGAUGUGUAAGAAGCUUAAUAAGGGCAGGAUUCAAAUUUAGCAGUUGCUAUCUUGCUAAAUGCAAAUCAAAUUCAGAAAGUGCUAGUAGAAUUUUAUGCCCACUCCAUAUUUUUGGGAGUCACCUUUUUCCAAGUUCAAACUUAAGUUAUUUAAAAAAAAAAUCGGAUAAGUUAACAACACCUCCCACAAUUGUUUCUGUGAUAUGCACUUUCUGCAAUAUUAAAUCGAUCAUGCACCUGUCCCGUGUUUUUCUAAAACCCGUUUGCACAUGUGACGUCAAACUCCCAGAAUACUGAGAAUGUCUGUGGUCAAUUCAUGUAGAUUUUUUAGUUGGUGAUGACUUCUCUAUUUUCAAAGAUCAAAUCAAAGUAAGAUUCACUUAAAUUUACAAUACUCAAAGAAUGAUAUGCUCUGCGAUUUAGAGCUGCAAGCCAUGUGCAGCGUUCCACACUAACAGGAGUCUGGCAGUCUGACACUCCUAAAAUUCGGCUCAGACUACCGCAUUUUCCAUCUAUGCAGUUCAUUUGACUCCUCCAAUAAAAAAUCCAUUGUACACAUAACCCUUUAGCGCAUGUAUACGAGAUAGGUUGACAUAGCCCAUUAGCAGAUGUAUACGCAUCUGGCCGACCCUAUCCACUACUGGAUGUAAAUAAACGCCCACAUAAUUCAAUAGAGUCAUUUCAAUAUUUCAAUUUUGCAUCUUUCUUUUUGUAAACAAUAUCCCGGAUGUUUAUAAAAAUAAAGCUUAACCUUUUGGGUAUUGUUUUCCCUUGAAAAUGUCUUCUGCUAAAAUUAGAAGGUAAAUAUUUUUCUGCCAAUCGCAGGUGUGAUAUCCCAUUGUGACAAAAUAAGACCAUGAGGCCGAGUACUGUAUGGAAAAUCCCCCAAAUUCAUUGUUGUGUAAAUCAUUAAAUAUAUUAUGUCAGUUCAGUUUACCAUUAAAAUCAAUAAAGAUUAUAAUUAUUUGAAGAUAAUAUUUUGUGUACAAACAAUAGAAACGAUAAGGAGUUGAGAAAAUGAUGAGUAAAUUUUCUGUGGAGCUGAUUUCCAGCAAGGUUCCGGCCGUAAAAUGUAUGAGGUAAACGCAUUUAUGAAAGCGUUUGGUAGUCUAGAUGCAUUAUUCAUAACGGAAAAAACAUUUAUCGGCUUUCUUUUUGUAAACAAUUUUAUAAGGGGGUAAUAAAGUUAAACAGACACCCUGGACUGGAUUUCUCUUUUUUUGAUAGGGGUAAUAAAAAAAAAUUACCCUUUGAUUUAAUGAAAUUAUGACAUUUCAAAGAAAUGUUACAAUACCAUCUUGGAAAUACAUUCACAGAUUAAAUAAAAUAAUUUAAUAUUUCAUCAUUGACACCAUUUAUUAGAUAAUUUAAUUAUCUACAAAAAAUGUAUUCACAUAAAAAAGAUUUGGCCACAAUUAUUUGGAGUAAUAUUGAUUUUUAGGUCAUACUGCUGUAUAAGCUCUUUUUCAUGACCCCUAAAAUGCCUAUACAGAUAAGGAAUGCUUAUCAGUAAGUUGGCUAUUGACUGGGAGGUGUAAUCUAGCCACUUGCCAUUGUGCAAAAGGGUUAAGGAAGUAAGUGACAUCACAGACUGGUAUUGUUUAAUGUUUGUAAUAUGGUAAGUAAAUAGUUAAACCUGUUGAACGGUGUUUAAAAAAAUAUUCCUCGUAAAUUUUAGUUGUAAACAAUGUUCAUGUCAAUGGUAAAAUGGAAAUAUUUUUUUAUCAAUUUUCGCGACCGGCAGCGAAAAAUAGAAGAACUGAAAAAGAAAAACAGAAAGAGUUUGUAAUUUGUAGAGAAAGAACAUUCAGCAAGCAUGGUUAAAACAAUUGUUUUGGCUGUUGUUAGAAUCUGACCUCUGGAUAUGAGUUAUGAGACUGUUGGGAGCUUUGUCACUGGGUGCUCUAAUGUGCGAUUGAAAGCCAUCAAAAAGCUUCUAAGGGCCAUGCUAAUAAUGUAAGCAAAGAAAAUGCAAAAAAAGGAAAAACAAUUAAGUUCACCGCUCGUUAAUUCAGCUAAACAAAGCUAUCUUUGACAGGUAGUGCAUUCUGUUUAUGAAUGCUCACAUGGUUCAGAAAUAAGUAUGGUCCAACACAGACUAUGUCACCAUGUGCCAAGCUGAUAUUGCAAAGUUUGUUAGCAUUGGCAUGACAUAUAAGGCAUGUCAGUGUCUCAUUGCACUGCUUGAAGAUGACUGUUCCAAAAAAAAAAAUUAUGUAUUUGAUAAUGCCUCGUUCAUUUCCCUUAUAUCUAAUGGCUCAACAGAUGCUACCUCACAAGGGGCCAAGAUUCUAUAUGCCAGAUCAUCAGUUCAUGGCAAAGUUAUAUUAGAAUAUAUUAGACAAAUAGUUUCAGUCAUGUUCAUGUUAUUUUUAUAAAACAAUAAAAGAAAACUUGAAUGUGCACUCAGUUUGCUAUUCAGAAAAGCAAUACCAAAUACUCUGUGAAAACAUUGAAUAAAUAGUCAUUAGUGCGCCAGCCAGGAUUUGAAAAGGGCAGGGUGCUAGGUCAGAAAUGGCACUUUUGAUGUGCAUUAAAUGAGCCUUGAUGGGGCACUUGCAAGGGCCAAUGUUCAACUUAUUAUGUAUGUGAACUUCUUCCAAUGCUAACAAUGUUACCUCAGCUGUUAUCUUUAAGUUAGUGUCAAAAGUAUGUAUAUUUAUUAAUCAUUUCUGGACAUUGACUGGCAAACAAAUGUUCACACAUCUUCUUAAAAUUGUCUUUUCUAUACCUUUUUACUGCUUUGCCAUUAAUUUAAAAGGACAAUUAUUGACCAUGUGGUAUUGCAACGUUUCUUCCCUGGCUAGCUUGGCCAAGCUAUCUUAAAUCAAACUACAUACCUAUUCUCAGACUGCAUUGUCCCAAAAAUUAAAUAUGAAAUCAGUAAUAUAUACACAGGAUAAACAAUGAUUGCUUACAAAAUCAAAUGAUAAGAAAUUAUUAUUAUUAUGGUUCAAGAAUCAAUGUUUAAUUGUCCCAAAACCAAGAGUGCUCAAAUAGAAACACUACAACACCUACCCCUUAUCUUACAGGACCAGCUUACAUGAUGCUUAUAAACCAAUCUCACAAUAUAUCAGUGAAACCCACAGUCCACGGACGUCCAAACCUGGAAACUAGAAGCUGUAGGGCAAUGCUUCACCUAGUUUCCAAUAGUUCAGAUACUUCAAAGCUUCCCUAUAUAUUAACGUGAUGAUCUCCCAUCGCUGUCGAAACACGAACUAACCAUUUCUACACCUUUCGCUGCUUUUAUACCCUAACAUUACUUGACCAAAACGGAAUGAUCCAUUAUAACAAACCAUAUGAGUGAAACCAUUAUAUAUGACUUAUAUUACAGACUAAGGGUGUCAAGUUCAUUCGUUUUUAGAAAAAGUAGAAAACCAUUAAGAGUAUAACUUCUUACGUAUCAAUAUGAUUUACCAGUGAUAAUAACACAGAGACUACAACACCAGUAUUAGUCCCCAAGCCGCCAUCUAGUGGCCACACAAAUACAGAAGAGGCAGAAGAGGAACACAAGAAGAGUCUCACAAUCUUCUUCAUCCUCAUUGUUGUUGCAAUAUGUAUCCUAAUGACUCAUCUGCUACUGAUCACAAAGUUUCACUACCUGCCGGAAAGUAUAGCUGUUGUUCUUGUAGGGGCUUUCAUAGGACUGGUGUUAAAGAUAUUUAAACUGGACUGGAGUAAAGAAGAGGAGUUCUCUCCAACCAUAUUCUUCAUCGUUUUAUUGCCGCCAAUUAUAUUUGAAUCGGGAUACAAUUUGCACAAGGGCAACUUUUUCCAGAACAUUGGUUCCAUCCUGGUAUUUGCUAUCGUUGGUACUGCAAUAUCUGCCAUGGUUGUGGGAGGGGGAAUUUAUCUGCUGGGACAGGCAAAAGUUGCAUAUGAGUUUACAGUAGUACAGAGUUUUGCGUUUGGUUCCCUGAUAUCCGCGGUAGAUCCAGUGGCCACGCUCGCGAUAUUCCACUCUCUAAAUGUUGAUACGGUGCUGUACAUGUUGGUGUUCGGGGAAAGCAUUCUCAAUGACGCUGUGGCUAUCACUCUAACAAUAACGGUGUUGGAGUUUGAGAACCCUGCGAUGGCGGAGGUAACAGGUUCGGCGGCAUUCUUCAGAGCCGUGUGGAGGUUUCUAGUCAUGUUCUUCGGCUCAAGUCUUAUAGGGAUGAUCUCAGGAUUAGUUAGCGCUCUUUUACUUAAAUUUCUCGACCUACGUAAGACGCCAUCAUUAGAAAUCGGACUGAUGUUGGUCUUCUCCUAUCUUCCAUAUGGGCUGGCCGAGGGAUUGCAUCUUUCAGGCAUCAUGGCAAUUUUAAUGAGCGGUAUCGUGAUGUCCCACUACACGCAUCACAACCUGUCACCCGUCACCCAGAUAACCGUACAACACACAUUCCGUACCAUUGCCUUCAUGGCAGAGACAUGCAUGUUUGCGUAUUUAGGGAUGGCUAUAUUUAGCUUUAAGUUAGUGGUGAAGCCCUCAUUGAUUAUUUGGGCCAUCGUGCUGAUUCUACUGGGAAGAGCUGUAAAUAUUUUCCCCCUGUCUUUCAUUUCAAACUAUUUCCGUGAGCACAAAAUCACAAAGAAACAGCAAUUCAUCAUGUGGUUUAGUGGUUUACGUGGAGCAAUUGCGUUUGCUCUGAGUCUUCAUCUGGAGUUUGAGUCUCGAGAGAAGAAGAAUGUGAUCGUUACCACGACACUCAUCAUCGUUCUGUUCACCAUUCUCUUCCUGGGGGGAUCCACAAUGCCGCUCAUGAAGCUUUUAAAAGCAGAGAAAAAAGAGAAAAAGAGCAGACGGAAAAAGACUGACAGGGAAAUUUCGCUUAGUAAAACAAAAGAAAUGGGUGACACAGUCGACUCAGAGCACCUAUCAGAGUACACAGAGAGUGAGGCGGAGGUCAGUUUUGCCCGCCCAUCCCAGCAGACAGGGUUUGUGAGGCUGGACGCACGCUACCUCAAACCGUUCUUCACCAGGAGAUUUACACAGCAGGAGGUGAGAGAUGCCAAGACUCAGAUGACGAAUCUCACGAAGCAGUGGUAUAAUGACGUGCGUGCGGCCCCGGACGAGUCUCUGUCAGAAAACGAUGACGACGAAGAGGAGACAUUAUUCAUAAACUCUUCCCGCCACAAUUCGGAGAGCAGCCCACAAAAUGAGCCUCUUUUACAGUGAAAAGCUUUAAUAGAAUGUUACGGUUGUUAAUGGUAUUGAAUUAUUUACUUAAGUUUUAAUAGUUGCAUAGACUUAAACAAAAAACAGAAUUGUUUAUAUUAUAUAUACCUGAAGAUGCAUACUGCUUUGUGAUUAAUAUAACAGUUCUUCUUUCAACAUAAACUAUUAAUCCCACCUGUUCUGGGUUAUAACUAUAUAUACAUGUACAGUGUACAUGUUCGUUAUAAGUGUAUGGUGCGGUGAAUUGGGUUUGUUCAUAAAGGUUUUUAUAAACAAAUAUUUUAGGAAUGUUUUAUUGAAUAUUUUGAAUACAGCAGUGUAAGACAUAACAUAACUGUUGUAUAGUGGAUAUACAUGCACUGUUGAAUAAGUUAUUUGAUGAAUAUUUAAUCAAAAGCUUAAUAAAUAUUAAAUCAAAAUCACAUUAUUUAUGAAAUUUUGAGGUACUUAAAGUUUAUUAUGGAUAAAUUGAGGAAGCUGAGUACAAAAUAAGAAAUCAUUUUCUUCUCUAAGCUUUGAAUGUAUUUAAUGUUUUGAACAUUGGUUACACUAGGGAAAGUAUUUUGUCAAUGAGAGGGUUCUUAAAUACAAAUGUAUUCUGGGAUUGUACAAUGUGUAUAAAUGUAUUUUAUUGGGGUAUUACCAUUGAAGGUAUGUAUAGAUUUGUCUUAUCAAAUUGAGUGCAGUUGCACAGGUAUAUAAAACUUGACAAUUCAAGCACUACUUGUCGUUUUUUGUUGUUGUUUUCUUGUCAUAAACGUGUGCACAAAAUUUAAUAUGAUCAUGUUUCUUAAAUAUAUCUUCAUUUAAUGCAGUUUAAAUCAAAACUAGAAAUAACAGCCCUUGUUUGGUACUUUGGUUAAUAUUGUUGUUUUAUUUUCAUUGUUUUAAAAUAAUUUGCUUUUUAAUGUUCUCCGUCAUUGUAUUUAAUAGCUGAAAACUCACAAAUAUCAAACUGAUUGGUGAGUGCUUAAAAGAUUUACUGUGAUCUACUAUGUCUCAUAAGGUAGAAAUACCAUGUUUUCUGCACCUUUCUUCCAAAUUGAACUUGGUAACCUUCAUAAGAACAAUUGUUUUUUAUAUUCAUUCAUGCUUUUCGGUAUAUUAAAACAAUUGUAUUAAUUGUGGAUAAUCUUAUUUGGGAGUGAGAGUGCAUCUUAACUUUAAGUGUCAAGCAUUAUUUUCCUGUCAUAUGUUUUAAUUGUCUGUUGAAAUCCAUUUCAAUUGAGAUUUUACCCCGAGGGUAUAUUGUACUAAGUGUUGUUAUUUGUUUUGGCAGAAUCAUGUUAAUAUUGAAACAUGUUUUUUGCAUUUUGUUGUUUUAGUGCAUUUAAAUUGUUUUAUUUAAAUGGAUAUUUAUUGUUUCACAUAAAUUAUUUAAAAAAUAAAGUAUGAACUAUCA